AUGCUAGUGCCUGGGCUGCAGCACACGCGUCCAGGACGCUCGUGGGCCAAUGGCCCACCUCGUGACUUGCAGGUCACGCAACCAAUCCCUGCCCGCGCUGUGCGCACACAUCGUUCGUCACGGGCACGGAGCGGAAAACGAAUCAUCCUCGUCGACGUGAACGUCAUUACGAAGAACAAGGACCACGGCGUUCGUCGACCUGAGCCGUCCCUUCUGCCCCUGCCCCAGCAUGAGUGCGAAUUCGCACCCUCGUGUACUGCGUGUGCACAAGGCCCUGUCAUCCCGCCCCGUCCAGAGGAGCCACCUGCCCUGGCCACCUUGGAGCCAGAGGCAGCGGGGGUCCAUCGCUCCGGGUGGGGGGUGAGAGCCAGACCCACCUGUGAGCAGAGCCCAGAGCCAGAGGCAGCGGGGGUCCAUCGCUCCGGGCAGGGGGUGAGAGCCAGACCCACCUGUGAGCAGAGCCCAGAGCCAGAGGCAGCGGGGGUCCAUCGCUCCGGGCAGGGGGUGAGAGCCAGACCCACCUGUGAGCAGAGCCCAGAGCCAGAGGCAGCGGGGGUCCAUCGCUCCGGGCAGGGGGUGAGAGCCAGACCCACCUGUGAGCAGAGCCCAGAGCCAGAGGCAGCGGGGGUCCAUCGCUCCGGGCAGGGGGUGAGAGCCAGACCCACCUGUGAGCAGAGCCCAGAGCCAGAGGCAGCGGGGGUCCAUCGCUCCGGGCAGGGGGUGAGAGCCAGACCCACCUGUGAGCAGAGCCCAGAGCCAGAGGCAGCGGGGGUCCAUCGCUCCGGGCAGGGGGUGAGAGCCAGACCCACCUGUGAGCAGAGCCCAGAGCCAGAGGCAGCGGGGGUCCAUCGCUCCGGGCAGGGGGUGAGAGCCAGACCCACCUGUGAGCAGAGCCCAGAGCCAGAGGCAGCGGGGGUCCAUCGCUCCGGGCAGGGGGUGAGAGCCAGACCCACCUGUGAGCAGAGCCCAGAGCCAGAGGCAGCGGGGGUCCAUCGCUCCGGGCAGGGGGUGAGAGCCAGACCCACCUGUGAGCAGAGCCCAGAGCCAGAGGCAGCGGGGGUCCAUCGCUCCGGGCAGGGGGUGAGAGCCAGACCCACCUGUGAGCAGAGCCCAGAGCCAGAGGCAGCGGGGGUCCAUCGCUCCGGGCAGGGGGUGAGAGCCAGACCCACCUGUGAGCAGAGCCCAGAGCCAGAGGCAGCGGGGGUCCAUCGCUCCGGGCAGGGGGUGAGAGCCAGACCCACCUGUGAGCAGAGCCCAGAGCCAGAGGCAGCGGGGGUCCAUCGCUCCGGGCAGGGGGUGAGAGCCAGACCCACCUGUGAGCAGAGCCCAGAGCCAGAGGCAGCGGGGGUCCAUCGCUCCGGGCAGGGGGUGAGAGCCAGACCCACCUGUGAGCAGAGCCCAGAGCCAGAGGCAGCGGGGGUCCAUCGCUCCGGGCAGGGGGUGAGAGCCAGACCCACCUGUGAGCAGAGCCCAGAGCCAGAGGCAGCGGGGGUCCAUCGCUCCGGGCAGGGGGUGAGAGCCAGACCCACCUGUGAGCAGAGCCCAGAGCCAGAGGCAGCGGGGGUCCAUCGCUCCGGGCAGGGGGUGAGAGCCAGACCCACCUGUGAGCAGAGCCCAGAGCCAGAGGCAGCGGGGGUCCAUCGCUCCGGGCAGGGGGUGAGAGCCAGACCCACCUGUGAGCAGAGCCCAGAGCCAGAGGCAGCGGGGGUCCAUCGCUCCGGGCAGGGGGUGAGAGCCAGACCCACCUGUGAGCAGAGCCCAGAGCCAGAGGCAGCGGGGGUCCAUCGCUCCGGGCAGGGGGUGAGAGCCAGACCCACCUGUGAGCAGAGCCCAGAGCCAGAGGCAGCGGGGGUCCAUCGCUCCGGGCAGGGGGUGAGAGCCAGACCCACCUGUGAGCAGAGCCCAGAGCCAGAGGCAGCGGGGGUCCAUCGCUCCGGGCAGGGGGUGAGAGCCAGACCCACCUGUGAGCAGAGCCCAGAGCCAGAGGCAGCGGGGGUCCAUCGCUCCAGGCAGCGGGUCGCCGUCCGGGUGAACGCAGCGUGA